GACGACGGGGAGCCGGGCUGGAGUGAAGCACGAGGGCGGCGUGUGAAGUCGGGGGAGAGGGCGAGUGGGAAAGGAGGACGUGGCAGUAAAGUCUCCUUGUCCCGCCUGAUCCCGUCCUGGUGUUGAACUGCGGGGACCCAAGGUUGUUACCCUGGCAGCGCGGGAGUUGCAAAUAGGCAGGUGGCUGCAUUUUUCCGGGAAGAUAAGCUCCCUCUCCUCCCAGCCUUCUCAUUAGCGGCGCUUUUUUAAAAGUUGUGGUUCUUUUUACCGCAGUAUCGUGUGCGUCACAGUGACACCUUCACCCGUAGAAAAUCUCUUCCAGCCGCUUUUGUCAUCUUGAGACUCAAACCCUCUCUUUUACCUGUCCCUCUUAAAGCAGAGAAAGUAAACGUUUUCCUACCCAAACCCCGCAGUGAAAAAUAGGAAAUUACCUGUCUCAACAGUUGUAGGGUAUUUAAAUAAUUUCUUCAUGAACUUGUCUACAAAUUCACUUUUUGUGCUCCUUAAAUAAUGUCACUUGCCUGCGUAAAGUGGAACAGCAGUUGUGUUGUGCCAUGCAGUGCUCAAUGAGAAAUUUUAGUCCAGGGAGAUGAAAAUACUUCAUUGGGAAUUCAGGGAUUGAACAACUAUGGUGACUCUGACCCAUGCCAUGUAACCCUCACGAAAAGGAUUUGGGUUCAUAUCCAUCAUUCUCAGCUGUGGUGAAGGGGUGCAGUCUGGCAUUUGGAAGCUUAAGAACCAACUCUGUUGCCUUCUAAUUUAUUAUUAUUUUUUAAGCCUUCCAUCAUGUGUGUACUUUGCUUGAAUGAUUAUUUUAAAGUACAUGUGCUAUUUUUGCCAAUCUGACAGCUGUUUCCAUAGAAACUAGGGAAGAAAUAGUCACUUUCAGAAGAGUUGUUAAAACUGUCUUCCAGGCUUCAGCUGUGAGUGCCAGUGAGCGCUGUACUUGCUCAUUCUGAGAUGGUACUUAAAGAAUUAAGGAUCUGAAAUGUUCGUAGAGGCUAACAAUCCAAAUUGUUUAGUUUUCUCACAUCAUUAAUUUAGUAAUCCUGGAAGUCUGCCAGCUAUGUUUGUUGACCUGCUACAGUUCUUUGAAGAGGAUGUGUCAGCCCUGAUUCUUUCUUCUGCUCUGUGUAGUCUAGUGAUUGGAUCUUUGAAAAUGUAUAGUUUUCUUCUCCCAUUCUUUACCCUUUCUUAAGGAUACAGCAGGGAUUACAAAAUAUCAGGCACUAUUUCUGUUUCAAGUGACACUUGUAGGUGGUAUAAAUGAUAGCGUUUUUGCUUAUAUAUGUACUACAUACAGUGUUUGGGGCUUUUGCUAACUUCUGUGUCAGUAGAAUACUUUAAAUUUCACGUUAGUUGUGAGCUGUGAGCAGGAGUUUGCUUGACAUGUGAACAGAGCUAAGCAGUGUAAAUAGACCUGCACAGACAGAUGAGAGCUUUUCUUUUCUGAGAGGUGUAAGUAAAUCAGUGGGUCUGGAGCUUCGGAAUGGGUGAAGGAGGGGUAGGGAAGGUGCCUGGAGAAACAGUGGGAGGUGGUAUUAUGAGGGGCUUGGUCUGCAAUAUGCAGUUUAUUGAAGCCCAUGGAAAUCAAUGGUAAUUACAAAUAUAGUUGCCUUUAUUGAUUUGGGGCUUACAAAAGUAAUAACAUAUGCUGUAAAAGUUUAAACAGCACGGAAAUAUAUGAGAUGGAAAUACUGAAUCCCUUACAACCAUCAUCCUGCCACCCCAAAUAACCACUGUGAAUGGUUUGAUAAUCAAGCAAAACAAAGAUGAGCUUCAUCUGUGGACUGCAGUUUGCUGCUAGAAACUGUGUUUUCUUCCGAUUUAAUUUACUGACCAGCUGGAGAAAACGUAACACACAAGCUGUAACCUCACUGGACUGUCAUCAAGUGAAAAUUAACAAUAUAGUAAAUAAGUCUCUGGGCCUGGGAGUAAAUCAGGGUGAUAGAUGGACAUUUUUGCCUGAAAACGUUCAUUUCUGUAGGACUUUUAAUAACAAAAGAACAGGCUUCCUCUUGAGCACCAGAAGUAAGGAAACUUGGAUGAUUACCCAAAAAUGUACUGCGUGGAAUAACUCUUUCUCAAGACAGCUACUGAUGAAAGACGUUCUAGUAGUUCCUGCGCUUUCAGUGGUGCAUCCUCUAAACUGUUUACACACAAGAGACAUCAGGAGUUUCCAUACUUCUCCACGGUUUCAAGCUGCUCCGGUUCCUCUCUUGUUGAUGAUUCUUAAACCAGUGCAGAAGCUACUGGCUAUCAUUGUGGGCAGGGGCAUAAGGAAAUGGUGGCAGGCACUUCCUCCUAACAAGAAGGAACUAUUUAAAGAAAGUGUAAGGAAGAAUAAAUGGAAGUUAUUCCUUGGUUUGAGUAGUUUUGGAUUGCUUUUUGUAGUAUUUUAUUUUACACACCUGGAAGUGAGUCCAGUCACAGGAAGGAGCAAGCUUCUAUUACUGGGGAAAGAACAUUUCAGACUUUUAUCAGAACUGGAAUAUGAAGCAUGGAUGGAAGAAUUUAAAAAUGAUAUGCUAACUGAGAAAGACACCCGAUACAUGGCUGUUAAAGAAGUGGUUCAUCAUUUAAUUGAAUGCAAUAAAGAUAUUCCAGGGAUCUCUGAGAUCAAUUGGAUAAUUCACGUGGUUGAUUCCCCAGAUAUAAAUGCCUUUGUGCUUCCAAACGGACAAGUGUUUAUCUUCACUGGGCUUUUAAAUAGUGUGACUGAUAUUCAUCAGCUGUCCUUCCUUCUGGGCCAUGAAAUAGCACAUGCAGUACUUGAACAUGCCGCAGAAAAGGCUAGCUUGGUUCAUUUCCUGGAUUUCCUAGGUCUGAUUUUUCUCACAAUGAUUUGGGCCAUUUGUCCUCGAGAUAGUUUGGCACUUUUGGGCCAGUGGAUUCAGUCUAAAUUGCAGGAGUUUAUGUUUGAUAGACCAUAUAGUAGAACACUGGAGGCUGAAGCUGACAAAAUUGGACUACAACUUGCUGCAAAGGCUUGUGUGGACGUCAGAGCCAGUUCAGUGUUUUGGCAACAGAUGGAAUUUGCAGAAAGCCUCCAUGGUCUUCCCAAGUUGCCAGAAUGGUUAUCUACACACCCUUCUCAUGGAAAUCGAGCUGAGCACUUGGAUAGACUCAUACCUCAGGCACUCAAAAUUAGAGAGAGCUGUAAUUGCCCACCACUUUCUGGAACAGACCCUCGAUUACUGUUCAAACUCAGCAUGAAGAAUUUUCUUGAAGAAGCAGAGAAAGAAGACCUAAAUAUCACUGUUAAACCGAAAAUGGAUACUCUCCCCAUUCAAAACGAGAAGCAAAUAGCAUUAACGUGUAUAGUUGAGAAAAGAACUGGCAGUUGAAUUAAAAUUUAUGAGACACCAGAUACAUGAAGAAUGCAGUAAUCCUUAUCGUUUUCAUGUUACUUUUUUAAAAAUAUUGUUUGAAAUGAAAAAAAAAAGAGGAUACUCAGGGUCAAAUCAUGUAUAUUACAGGUAUUGUCUAAAUUCUUAUACUAGGUAUUUAUUUUUCAUAAAAUAUUGAUAUAUUUUAAAAUAUCUUCAAUGAGGAAAAUGUCACAGAAUAAAUUUAUAUUACACAGUUUA